AGCAACAAGUCUGGCUGGAUGUCAGACCAAGAUUUUGUUUUGUUCAUGAUACACUUCAUACAGCACGUUCGGUCUUCGAAAGAGAACGAACAACGAAAUUCUUUUAUUACUCGAUAACCAGUGCAGUGUCUGUUAGUGAAAUGUUGAUUAUGGCUCAUGCAAAUUGUGUUGACUUAGAGUAGGUGGUUUUGUGUGUUGAUUAUUCAUAGCUGUCUUUAUUCAUGGCCAUUUUUUUGUGAUUUUUACAUUCGUCAUCUAUCGUCAAUAUUUCUAAGAAGAAUAUAUACAUUUGAAUCGUAACGUUCUUUAUUCUUUUCCAUUUUUUCUCUGUAAUUUUGUGCUGGGCGACUAAAGGCGAUUUCUGAAAGAUCGAAUCAGCUAUGCGGUUUUGUUUUCACUUUGUUAUUCAUAGGCGCGCGUUGAAUACAAUCGAAAGCAUCUUGUCCGGUGGCGUUUGGUGGCUUUCAAAUUCUUCGUGAAUAAUUCCUUGAGGCUAUGGUUGAACAUCCCCGCGAUAAAGUUUUUUAAAGCGUAAAAAAAGGCUUGGAAAAAUUAUAUUUGUGUUCUUAUAACCUUGAAUCUCCGAGCCAAACACAACUGCUGAUGCCUCAAGGUCUAAUUUGUGUUUCAAAACUCAAAUGCCCCGUGGAUAUUGUUUUGUUUCAUUUAUAAUAUAAAAGUCUCGACUCCUUUCAGUCCCUGAUUCAGCGUGUAAUUCAGUUAACCUUCGUGGCUUCGUUGAUUUAGUAGCCUUAUAUUUUUCUCUUCCUAUUGCAUCUCGACUUCCUGGACGAUGCAUUGCACGCGCAUUGCGGUAAUUGUUUUGUUUGUAUUUUCACUGGUCGGUGUUUUAACUGCUGUGGAGGACAAAUCAACAAUUAGGGCUGCCAUUGACAAAAUUACUGAAGACUGGGGCAGCGGACGUACUUCAAGCGACGGCUGCAUUUGGAAAGGCACUUCCCCAUUUUGUGAUGGAGGUUGUAAUGUGGUGGGGCACGUCGUUCGCCAAACUAGCGCAACCGGUGACGGAGAAAAGUGUUUGACUGGCCUCAAAGUACUUUGCUGCCCUUCUGCUGCUGCGUAAACUGGGAAUCACAAUUCCACAAAUAUAUCCCCCUGGAAACUUGCUUUUUAUCAAACUGUAAUCUGAACUAUAGUUUUCUUUGCACUGAAAUUAUGAAAAGAAUUUGAAAUCCCCAUACCAUUAAGCCUAAUGCUUUCUUAUUAUUCCUUUCGCUAACUAUAAAGCAAAAUGUAGGCCUUUGUGCUAAUAAAGAAAUCAAAUUUUCAAUUA